CGCCGCGCCGGGCCAGGCGAAAGAUCGGCAAGCGGCAACGCGCCGGUUGCAACGGGCCGGGGAAUCGGAGCCUGCAGUGGCCGUGUUGACGGGCGACGAUCGGCGGUGGGGGCUACGAGGGUAUAAGAACGAUCUAUGGGUCGGCACACAGCCAGUCAAAAGCCAGGUGCAAAGGCUCUAGUCGCGCGCGCGUGCGAGAGAGAUAGUAUCGAUUAAAGCCGCGUGCCAUUCGUGAUUCGGUGCAAGAUUUUCCCAAAGCACGCACAAAUCGAGGCAAAUUAUUAAUUACAUUCACCUCAACGAUGUUGUAGAGAAACAAAAGAGAGAAAUACAUACCUGUAACUUUAUACCGGUAUAUCUUCUAGUCUUUUAUUUAUAAACGAUUUUUAACAAUCGGUAUAUCGACUCGCGUUGUAUAGGACCGAGAAGAAAUCGUUAUUUCGAUCGGGUUAUAUAUUGAAACGAGUUCGACGAACAAAAAUAACUGUAACACGAAACUGUCGAGUAAAAGGGUGAAAGGAGUAGUUAAAAAAUAUUUGCUUCGAGGAACGUCGUGGAUAGUCAAAUACGCACAGAGCACGUUAAAAAUUUAUCCCUCCCCGUCUGUCCUCUCCCACAAAAAAAAAAAAAAAAAAGAACAAAACGAACGUCCAGUGAUCGGGUACUGUAAGGAAGGAGAGAAACCAGCAUAAAAUUCAAGUGUGAUCGUAACGCGAAUAUACUAAAAUAGUGAUCUGUAUACAUAUACAUAUUAACUGUAAACGUACCAUUUGGUGUUGGAUUGCGAAUUGCAUACCCGAGCGCAGGUGCACAACUGCACAGAGUACCAGCGAGUGACCAAAGUGAAUUUGUAUCUUCUGCUGCGGAAGGUACAUAGCACUGUGAACUUUUGAGAUAUAACAUCGAUCAAGCAAACGAACCAAAAUGUCGCAGAUACAAAUCAAAAUCGAAGAAGUUGAGAACGAUACCAACAAAGAUCACGCUGCCGAAAACGUUGGCGAAAUCGCGGUGAACCCGUCGUGGCACAUCCCAAGACCGUCUUUAGUCGGUCGUAGCGAGAGAGGAAGUGAAAACGGAAGUUGGGGACAUCUUCACACCGCGACGUCGAACUCCUCGUCGAGAGGCUCCACCUCGUCGCAGGGCUCAACGGCCAGCACACACAGCGCGGCGUCGGGAACUCUGCUUUUGACAGCAGCUAAUUUGGCGACACUAGCAGCGCUCUAUCCGCCUACUGUGACAUCGCCAAAACCUAUCGACACAGUAUCCGUAGCCAGUAGCACACAUUUUACAGUCGUAAACGGUCUCGGUAGGCCCACAAAGGUUUACAAAAAGUCAUGGUGCGCGAGAAACCAAUUGACCGUACUCAUUUGCACCAUGAGCUUUUUGUUCAUGGUUGGAUUACUCGCCGGCGUUCUUUAUAUGGAAAUGAGAGCUCGCGACAAGUACAAUUAAACGCGAGAGCAUCAUCGUAAUAUAAACACCGAAGAAGAAGAGGACGAGGAAGCAGAAGCAGAAGCAGAAGCAAAAGAAGAAGAAAAUUCUUAGGAUAAGAAGAAUAAGAAGAAAAAGAAGAAUAGAUUAUAAUAUAUUGAUACGGUAUUUGAUACGAAAUUAAUCGAACGACAUAAUAAAUUGAAAAUUUGCUACUCGACAUCGAAAACAAACAAGAAUCCGAAUAAGUACGGAUUUCAAUGAAUUCAAUAUUAUGUAUAGUAGAAUAUUAGUUCAAUAACGUAUAGUAUGUUAUCAAUCUAUAUAAUAUGAUAGAUUUAAGGCUGUAUUGCACUGUGUUAAAUGUGUGGUACGUGAAAUUAGUAAUUACAUUUAUGUAAUGAGCGCGCUGUGUGCCGUGUACUUCGAUAAGGCCUUUUAGAUUCGUAAUAAUUUAUAAAUGAAGAAAAAAAGAACGAAACGAAAAAACAAACUUGUAAGAAAAAAAAAAAAAAAAUACAAAGACAAAAGCAAUCGCCGAAACCAACCGACAAAAGAAAAUAUAGCAGAAUUGAGAAAUCAAACGCAAGCCAAGCCCUUGUUGUUUAAACGAAUAUUGAAUAUAUGAUACACAAUCAAAUUAACAACAUUAUUUAUUAUCUUUCGAUAAAAAAAAGGAGAAAAAAAAGAAAAAAAAAAUCAUACAAGUAAUAUGUUAUAACAGCGGUUCCAGGAUAGUUUAGCAAACAUUUAUGUAAACCAUAUAAACCUACCCGUUCAGAAAGCUUUUGAUGUAAAGGUAAAAUUUAGUAUACUUUCGCAUCGUUGAACAUUCCGCAGAUUUCUCUGACGUUCGAGUAUAUGAAAUUGUAUCUACGAUGAGAAAAUUUGAAAAGAAAAAUAAACAAAAAAUAGCAAUAGUAGUAGUAGUAGCGGUAGCAGUAGCAGUAGCAGUAGCAGUAAUAAUAAUAAUAAUAAUAGUAAUAACAACAAUAACAAUAAUUAUUAUUAUUAUAGAACCCAGAUGCAGCUUGAUUACAUCGUUAAUUAAGAUUCUUUAAUUAGAUAUGUAAUUUAGAGUUAAUAAUUUAAUUGUUACUAACUUUUUACAAAGUCUAAAUCAAACUUGGAGGCGAUGUCUCGAACCAACGUGUGAAGGCAGCGUGCGAGAUAAUUUGAAAACAAAGUAUACAAAACAAAAAGAACGUGGAAUUUCAUUGAUCGAUAAUUGAUAAAGGAUGGUUGCAUCAUCAUUCUUUGUAUCUGUGAUAUUACUUGUGUAUUAAUUAAUCAUCGAUUGAACAAGAAACUCUCGAAUUAUUA